AAAUAAUUGCGUAUCACGAGCGCUUGAUAAUUAUAUACAAUUAAUCUACCUCACGACGAUUACUCAUUCGUGUGGGAAUUUUACGGAAACGUAAAGUCUGCCGAGUUUCAUUGAAAAAUAUCAGUACACGUAACGACUGCACUGGGUGGAGAUCUCGUGUCUUAUCUUCUGAGCAAUUAGGGUAGUUUUCCUUGUAUUACAGCCGCAGAAAUAGGUUUGUUAAAAAUGGUCACCGGACGAGCGCUUCAUUAUGUAUUUAAAAUACCGGAUCGGAAAUUGACAGCGAAAUUUUAUCGCGAAAUCCUUGGAAUGAAGGUGUUACGACACGAAGAAUUUGCUGAUGGUUGCGAAGCAACUUGCAAUGGACGAUACGCAAAUCGAUGGAGUAAAACUAUGAUAGGGUAUGGACCAGAGGACACUCAUUUUGUAAUAGAGUUAACUUACAAUUAUGGAAUCAAAGAAUAUAAAAGGGGAAAUGAUUUUGGUGGAAUAACAAUUCGUUCUAAAGAGGCAAUUGAGAGAGCACGUGCAGAUGGAUGGCCAAUAAAGGAGGAAAGUGGAAAAUUUGUUUUAGAAGCACCCGGUGGUUACAAGUACUAUAUUAUUGAUGAAUCACAGCCUACAAAUAAAGAUCCUGUGGAAAAAGUCACGCUGUCCAGUUCAAAUCUUCAAAAUACUAUUGCUUACUGGAAAGAUAUUUUAGGUUUAAAGGUAUUUGAACAAAGUGACAAAAAGGUACUGUUAGGAUAUAGCGAGGAUCAGGCCAAGGUUGAAUUUGAAGAUAUUGGUGCUGAAAUUGAUCAUGCUGCAGGAUAUGGGCGUGUAGCAUUUUCAAUUCCUCAUGCAGAGCAACCGGAAAUACGAAAGAAGAUCAAAGAUAGUGGGCAUAAAAUACUAACCGAUUUAAUUUCCUUACCUACUCCAGGAAAAGCCGAUGUUAGAGUUAUUAUUCUUGCUGAUCCAGAUGAUCAUGAAAUCUGCUUCGUGGACGAUGAAGCAUUUAGGCAAUUGUCAGUUCCAGACUAUCCAAGUGAAGAAGUCUUGAACAUGUAUAUUGCUAAAGACAAGUAAACUAUCGAGGCUACAUCUAUCAUACACUUUUGAGGCUACAGUUUAUUCGUGGAGCAGAAUUUUAUUUCAGUAUUUUCGCAGAUUUAGAAGGCCGCGCCGAUAGUGCUUCGUUAUUUUAAAAAUC